UUCACGUGCACCUGCUCUGCUCGUCUCGUCUCGGUGGAGAGGUCGCAGCGCCAAUCUCCCACCAAGAAACCAAACCAGCUCCCUCCUCAUCCGGCGGCGCCGCCGCCCCGCACGCGCUCCUCCCUCCGGCGGCCGGCGCCCUCCUCCCGCGCGCCCCGCGCCCCUUCCCGGCGGCCACGCGCUGCCACCGGCGACUGUGAGCGGGAUCCCGCGCCGCGCCGAGCCGAGCCGACGACGACCCGGCUGACCUAGCACCGCUGGAUCCACAUCCCCUUCAGUACCAGGGCUUGGUCGCACGCUCCAUUUGGAUCUGACCAGGUACAGGAAAGAAGUCAAGCAAGCCAGGCCCCAAAUCCCACCACAUCCCAACCACUUCGCCACCGCCGCCGUUCUUCUGCCGGAGCCUACAAAAAGAGUGGUUGAUCUCCUCUGCCCGCCACCAUAGAUCUAGCCAGGGUAACACCCCUUGUGUUGAUACUUGUUGUAUGUGCUGAUUUUGGUGGUCUCCUGUGACCCAGCGGGAGUCGAAGUGCUUGACAGCGAGGAUGCCUGGUCUAGCUUUACCUAAUCAUGAUGCAGCGAACAAUGGGUUCAGUUACCCCAGGUCCACAGAACAGACGUGUGGUCAGAAGUCAAGAGCUCAGCUAUCUCCAGAUGAUGAACUUUCCGCUAAGGAAAGUUUAGCAUUAUACUGCAAGCCAGUUGAGCUGUACAAUAUUAUUCGACAAAGAGCCAUUAAAAAGCCCCCUUCGCUUCAAAGAUGCCUUCGGUAUAAGAUAGAAGCAAAACGAAAAAAGAGGAUUCAGAUAUCAGUAUCGAUUUCUGGAAGCACAAAUACUCGAUUGCCAGCACAUGGUAUCUUUCCUCUCCAUGUUCUGUUAGCUAGAUCUAGUAAUGAUGCUCCAGGUGAAGGGCAUUCUCCAAUGUAUCGGUUCAGCCGGGCUUGUGUCCUGACUUCCUUCUGUGAAUCUGGAGACAGUGGCCACACUGAAGCCACAUUCACCAUCCCCAAUAUGAAGAGUUUAUCAACCUCCCAAGUUCGCAGCCUUGACAUUAUCCUUAUUAGCCGUGGCCAAGGUGGGCAAAAUCUUAGUGAAAACUGCUCAGAGAACCAUGCGGAGUAUUCUUCUCCUCAAAAGCUUGGAGGCCAAUGUUUCUGGGGUAAAAUACCAAUUGAUUCACUUGGUUCGUCUCUGGAUUCUGUAACUUUAAGUUUGGGGCAUACUGUGGAAUUAACUUCAGAAAUAAGUAUGAACCCAGGUUUCAUAGAGCCAUCACUUCUUGAGCAUGACAGUUGUUUGACAUUUUGUUCUCUAAAGGCAAAUGCUACAGGUUCAUAUAAACUAAAAGCAAGCAUAGAUGUACAAGAGGCUGGUGCAAGAGACAUGCGUUUAUCUCCUUACAAUAUUUACUCAUAUGAUGAUGUCCCACAGUCGUUACUACCAAAAAUCAUAAGGUUACGAACAGGCAAUGUGCUCUUUAACUACAAGUACUACAAAAAUUUGUACAAAAGCGAAGUUACAGAAGACUUUACUUGCUCUUUUUGCUUGGUACCAUGUGGAAGCUUCAAGGGUCUGGAAUGCCAUUUAACCUCGUCGCAUGACCUAUUCCGCUACGAGUUCUGGGUUUGUUAUCCUCUGAAAUCUCCAUUGCAAAAUCCUUUUCAAUCGCACUGUUUGAUAAUUAGCUCUUUUUUCUUAUCGACACAGGUAUCUAAAGAGUACCAAGCUGUUAAUGUUAGUCUGAAGAUUGAUACCAGGAGAGAAGAGCUUCUGACUGUUGCAGGAAAUGAUCCAGGCAGUAGAGUAUUUUUCUACCGGUUUAAAAGGUGUAAAAUAUCAGAAACGACAACUGAUAAGACGAAGGAUGUAUAUCCACAUAUCACGGAAUUAGGAUCAGCUGGAAUGACUGUGCCUGUGGACCAAGAUAUUGUGGAACCAAGAUCACCACGAAAUACAGUUCCUCCACCUGCACAAACGACUGAAUCAGGAUCGUCGAAAGAUGCCCAGGACGGGUCUGUGGUGGAUUAUGUCCCAAAGGAAAAUGGAAUCAAUGUACCAGAACGAACAGCUCUACAGUCUGAUAGGGCAAGGAAGCUCCUGGUUGAUCUAGAUGACCCCAGUCAUGCGCUGCUGAAAAAACGUGAGUUCUUCCAUUCUCAGAAGGCACAGAGAAUGGAGCUGGAUGUACUUUACUCAGAUCAUGACAGUGAAGACGAACUUGAUCAUGACAUCGCUGACUUCGAAGAUAGGACGCUGCUUGGUGGUUUUUCUGAUGUUGCAGAAGAGGAGAAGCGUAUCAUGCAUAUGUGGAAUUCGUUUAAGCGGAGACAGAGGAUAUUAGCUGAUGGUCAUGUACCUUGGGCUUGCGAGGCAUUCACCCAUCAGCAUGGACAGGAACUCGUGCAGAACCCUAGACUACGAUGGUGCUGGCGGGUCCUUAUGAUCAAGCUCUGGAACCACGGCCUGCUGAACGGCCGCACCAUGAACAUCUGCAACAAACAUCUUGAGGUCUUGGAAAGCCAACGCGCGGACCCCAAGCAAUCUUGACUUGGCAGGAAACAUUGGGCAGGUUGAGCAGGGCUGGUCCUCGGUUCCCGCCGACGGUCCAGGCGCCAAUGCUUGUGGCGUGGUGGGGCAACAUGACACACUUCGAUUUCUGGCAUCCUCGUCGAGGCUCGCAGAGCUACACCCGAGGGCAUGAUGAUCUCUUACAUUGGGGAUUAAAUUGGGUUGGCCGAAUCGGCAAAUGUUGUUGUUCUAUUUGGAUUAUUAUUUUCAUUUCUUAUUGACUUGUUUCAUGCAUUGCUUGAAACACCUAUUAACAUUGGGAACACAAAAGUUGG